GUUAGAGAAGGCCUUCCUUUGCCCCCCUAUCGCCUUCUCUCUUCACCAUCAAAGAGCCCAAUGCCCAACUGGCAGUUUUAAUUUCAUCUGCAGCAAGAAAAGCCACGAGGUGGGGGAGGAUGGCAUGAGCAUAGGACAAAACGCUUCUGGGAUUUGCGUGGGAUUCCAUUUGUUUUUUUUUUUUUUCCUGCCCCCACCUCUCUCUCUCUCCCCCUCCCCACUUCUUCUUCUACUCCCCUCCCCCGCGCCUCUCUCUUUUGUACCAGUACUGGUGUAGUGUGUUAGAGAGCACCACUAACACAGACUUGCACACAGAGAGGGACGGGGAGAGAGAGAGAAGGAGAGGGAGAGGGAGAAGAUUGUCUCCAAAGACCGAUUCCUCGCCAUUGAUCAAAUGAUGCUGGGGGUGGAGGCGGACGAGGAGAGUUCAGAGUGCAGCAGCGGGUGCCAGUCUGGGUGGACCAUGUACUUGGACCAGUCUGAUGAGCCCCCAACCUCUCUUCCCUUCGAAAAAGCAGCCUCCAUUGAGCAAGAGGAAGAAGAGGAGGAGGACUUAUCUAUGGUCUCUGAUGCAUCCUCUGGACCACCCCAUUUCCCUGAGGAAGAUGACAACUGCUACUAUUCUCACUCCAACACUUGCUAUAAUGGCACUGGGUGCCUCUUCUACGCCUCCACUCUUCCAACUGCCUCAGCUGCUGCAUUGGCUAAGAAUGGUGGCAAGAGGAGGAGAGUUGAGGGUAACGAACAGAGAGAGUCUUCCUCUCUCUUGGAUGACACUGCCAGCUCCCCUCUCUUCAGCUUCCCCGAUACUAGCUUCAAUGCUACCAGCAACAAUGUGAGGCCUUCCAUGGAGAAUGUUUUGGAGUUCUCUUGUGGCUUCUCUGCGACCCAUUUUAAGGGAAAGUCUGCAUUGCAUAAGCAAAUGCGUUACCUGCAUUCCUCUGCUCCUGCGAAGCCAACUCCUGCAAGACCAGUAUGCAGGGAUGAAAGUGAGAGGAAGCUAUGGUGACAAGUUCCAUUUCUCUUGCUCUGAAGGGAAACAGAUGGAAGAAUAUGUGUAGACCUCCAAGAGAUCCUUCUUUGGCCUUCUUUUAUUUAAUUUCAUUUUCUUCUCUGUUGUUUUGCUUUUUUUCCUGUCAAUGCAGUGGGAAACAACCUGAGCAAAAGAGAAGAGAAAAUAAAAAUUGUCUUUGUUUUGUUUUUUA